UUUAAUUCAGACGUGGUUUAGGAGUUUGAGAUUCAACUGUUUCUGUGGUGUGCUGUAGAUCAAUUAUCAUGUUUAUUUAUACGUUUUUAAUUAGUGUUUGUAUAUUCGGAGCUAUAAGCCAAACCACUCAAGCGGCGCCAUCAAACGAACGGCUGGAUGAUGACCAGUAUGACAUCAAUAUCACGCUAUCUCAUCAAGUACUGAAAGAGAACCCUAAAUUGUGGCAAGUAUGUACUGGGGUGAAGAUGGAACGGGCGGAGGAAUACAUCGUUGCAUUUCGGGCGAUUUACCAGAAAGGCAUCGUUCAUCAUCUUAGUGCGCAUGUGUGCGGGGCGCCGUACAGUGAUGGGCCGUACUGGGACUGCACUCUCCAUGAUCAUAUCUGCGCCGACAUGGGGUCUUGGUACCCAAUAGACGAGUGGGGUCGUGGUGCCAAUGACUGGAUAUUGCCACCCGAUACUGGUGUUGUCAUUGGUGGACGAUACGGGGGCAAGUACAUCGUCUUACAGGUUCAUCGUAAAGACGACUUUGCCAAUUACAUCGAAACUGCCACUGUUCCUGUAAGUGGAAUGACAUUGACAGUUCAAAGGUCAAGGCCUCAAUACGAGGUUGGACAGUUAGUGUUAGGUAACUACGGUAAACUGCCAGCUGGAGUGGAAAAUUACACAACAGAUUCCAGCUGCCCAUGGACAAGACCUCAACCGAUUCGUCUACUUGCCUACUCUCUCCAUGCUCACAAUCUCGGUAAAUGUGUGUCGGGUUACCUCAUUAAAGAUGGAAAAUGGAUUGAAAUAGGCCGAGGAAAUCCAGCAUAUCCAGAGUACCGAUUUAGUGUCUGGCCUCGUAAUAUGUACGUAAAUACUGGAGACAUUAUGGCCUCAAGGUGUCUUUAUUCGAAUCCUGGAGACAAAGAAGUUAAAUUUGGGUAUCAGCAUGAAGAUGAGAUGUGUAACGUGUAUCUCCACUACGCCUUUCCUUAUGGGUUAGACCAAUCGUAUCGUCACAUGGACUGCGGCCAGGACGCAGAAACCUACCACUGGGAGGACCACUUCCGGGAUAUCCCCGCAGACUCGACCCGACCUGACGGCAACACAGAUCAGGCCCGAGCAGGCCUCUUCCGGUCCGCCGAUUACUGAUUGUGCGUCCAUGAUAUAAAUGUCUUUAAAACGUUAGAAUAAAUAAGUUAGAAACCGAUAUAUAUAUAUAUAUAU